CUGGUUUACACUCAGGGAUCAGUAGUAGUUGAAAAGGACUAGAUUUCUUGGCGGAGGUGCGGACUUUUUGAUUCAGGACUGGUGUAGGGGGACUAGUGAAUGGGAACAGUCAGAGGAUUCGUGUGAAACCAGCGCAUACCACUCAGACCUCCUACGAUUGCCCAUCAUUUUUGACGUUUGGGGACGUUUAGGGCACAUACAGAACAAGGCCACCUCUAUUCCUCCUAUUGUCCCCUUCCCCUUUCCUUCCUCGCGGCUUCUUCAGACAGAGAAAUCCUCCAGAAAUGGCUCAGAUACUACCGAUACGAUUUCAGGAACAUCUGCAGCUGCAGAACCUGGGCGUGAACCCAGCCAACAUCGGGUUUAGCUAUCUCACCAUGGAGUCAGACAAGUUCAUCUGCAUCAGGGAGAAGGUGGGAGAGCAGAAUCAGGUGGUGAUCGUGGACAUGUCUGACCCCUCCAACCCAAUCAGGAGACCAAUCUCUGCCGACAGUGCCAUCAUGAACCCUGCUAGCAAGGUCAUCGCCCUGAAAGCUGCCAAGACGCUGCAGAUCUUCAACAUUGAGAUGAAGAGCAAGAUGAAGGCCCACACCAUGACUGAGGAAGUCAUGUUCUGGAAGUGGAUAUCGGUAAACACUGUUGCCCUGGUGACCGAUACAGCUGUGUAUCACUGGAGCAUGGAGGGGGAUUCCCAACCAGCCAAAGUAUUCGAUCGGCAUGCUAGUCUGGCGGGAUGUCAGAUCAUUAACUACAGAACUGACGAACAACAGAAGUGGCUACUGCUGAUAGGGAUUUCUGCACAGCAAAACCGUGUGGUUGGGGCGAUGCAGCUGUAUUCUGUUGACAGAAAAGUGUCCCAGCCCAUCGAGGGCCACGCUGCUGCCUUUGGAGAGUUCAAAUUGGAGGGCAAUGCCAAACCCUGCACCCUCUUCUGCUUUGCUGUGCGCUCACAGGCUGGAGGAAAGCUGCAUAUUAUUGAAGUUGGCCAGCCAGCUGCAGGAAACCAGCCAUUUACCAAGAAAGCAGUGGAUGUGUUUUUCCCUCCAGAGGCCCAGACAGAUUUUCCUGUAGCUAUGCAGAUUGGUAGUAAGUACGGUGUAAUAUAUUUGAUCACAAAAUACGGUUAUAUUCACCUGUACGACCUGGAAACUGGAGUGUGUAUCUACAUGAAUCGAAUCAGCGCAGAGACCAUCUUUGUAACUGCCCCUCAUGAAGCCACCUCUGGAAUUAUUGGGGUCAACAAGAAAGGACAGGUCUUGUCAGUGUGUGUUGAAGAGGAGAACGUUGUCAACUAUGCCACGAACGUCCUGCAGAACCCUGAUCUAGCCUUGAGGAUUGCUGUGAGGUCCAACCUUGCUGGGGCUGAGGAGCUUUUUGCCAGAAAGUUCAACACUCUGUUUGCCCAAGGAAGUUAUUCAGAGGCUGCAAAGGUUGCUGCAUCAGCGCCCAAGGGUAUCCUCCGAACGGCAGAGACUAUCCGUAAGUUUCAGAGUGUCCCGGCACAGCCGGGUCAGGCUUCUCCACUGUUGCAGUACUUUGGUAUCCUGCUCGACCAGGGUCAGCUCAACAAGUUUGAGUCUCUGGAGCUGUGCAGGCCUGUCCUGCAGCAGGGCCGCAAGCAGCUACUGGAGAAAUGGCUGAAGGAGGACAAGCUGGAGUGCUCAGAGGAGCUGGGAGACCUGGUGAAAGCCUCUGACCCCACACUUGCUCUUAGUAUGUACCUCAGAGCUAACGUCCCCAACAAGGUCAUCCAGUGCUUCGCAGAGACUGGUCAGUUCCAGAAGAUUGUGCUCUACGCUAAAAAGGUGGGCUACACCCCAGACUGGGUGUUUUUGCUGAGAAAUGUGAUGCGUGUCAAUCCAGAUCAGGGACUGCAGUUUGCCCAGAUGCUGGUCCAGGAUGAGGAGCCACUGGCCAACAUCAACCAGAUUGUUGAUGUAUUCAUGGAGGGCAGCCUGAUCCAGCAGUGCACCUCCUUCCUACUGGAUGCUCUAAAGAACAACCGGCCAGCUGAAGGACACUUGCAGACGCGUCUACUGGAGAUGAACCUUAUACACGCCCCCCAGGUAGCAGAUGCGAUCCUGGGGAACCAGAUGUUCACACACUAUGAUCGUGCCCACGUUGCACAGCUGUGCGAGAAGGCAGGUCUGUUGCAGAGAGCACUUGAACACUACACUGACCUGUAUGAUAUCAAGAGAGCUGUGGUGCACACACAUCUGCUCAACCCCGAGUGGCUGGUAAACUUUUUUGGCUCCUUGUCAGUUGAAGACUCUUUGGAGUGUUUAAGGGCCAUGCUGUCAGCUAACAUUAGACAGAACCUGCAGCUGUGUGUCCAGGUAGCAUCCAAGUAUCACGAGCAGCUUGGAACUCAGGCAUUAGUGGAGCUCUUUGAAUCCUUCAAAAGUUAUGAGGGCUUGUUUUACUUCCUUGGGUCAAUUGUGAAUUUCAGUCAGGAGCCUGACGUUCACUUUAAGUACAUCCAGGCUGCCUGUAAGACAGGCCAGAUCAAAGAAGUGGAGAGAAUCUGUAGAGAGAGCAACUGUUAUGAUCCAGAGAGGGUUAAAAACUUCCUCAAGGAGGCCAAACUAACAGACCAGCUUCCUCUCAUCAUUGUGUGUGAUCGCUUUGACUUUGUCCAUGACCUGGUGCUCUACCUCUACCGCAACAAUUUACAGAAAUACAUUGAAAUCUACGUACAGAAAGUGAACCCUAGUCGUUUACCAGUAGUGAUAGGCGGACUGUUGGAUGUAGACUGUGCUGAGGAUGUCAUCAAGAACCUGAUCGUGGUGGUCAGAGGGCAGUUUUCCACUGAUGAGCUGGUGGAGGAGGUAGAAAAGAGAAACAGGUUAAAACUGCUUCUGCCGUGGCUGGAGUCCCGUAUCCAUGAAGGAUGUGAAGAGCCCGCUACGCACAAUGCCCUGGCCAAGAUCUACAUUGACAGCAACAACACACCUGAGCGCUUCCUGAAGGAGAACCCAUUUUACGACAGUGCUGUGGUCGGACGCUACUGCGAGAAGAGAGACCCCCAUCUGGCCUGUGUGGCUUAUGAGAGAGGGCAGUGUGACCUGGACCUCAUCAAAGUGUGCAAUGAGAACUCGUUAUUCAAGAGUGAGGCUCGAUACCUGGUGCGACGGAAAGACCCAGAGCUUUGGGCGAACGUGCUAGAAGAAAACAAUCCUUACAGAAGACAACUCAUCGACCAGGUGGUGCAGACAGCACUGUCAGAGACCCAAGACCCUGAGGAGGUGUCCAUCACAGUCAAGGCCUUCAUGACUGCAGACCUGCCCAAUGAGCUGAUUGAGCUGCUAGAGAAGAUCGUACUUGAUAACUCUGUCUUCAGUGAACACAGAAACCUGCAGAACCUGCUGAUUUUGACUGCCAUCAAGGCAGACCGCACUCGAGUGAUGGAGUACAUUAACAGACUGGACAACUAUGAUGCUCCAGACAUUGCUAAUAUUGCCAUCAGCAACGAGCUGUUUGAAGAAGCGUUUGCGAUUUUCAAGAAGUUUGAUGUCAACACCUCCGCCAUACAGGUAUUGAUAGAGCACAUAGGGAACUUGGAUCGUGCCUAUGAGUUUGCUGAGCGCUGUAAUGAGCCCGCAGUCUGGAGCCAAUUAGCCAGAGCUCAGCUGCAUAGAGACCUGGUCAAGGAAGCCAUUGACUCAUAUAUUAAAGCCGCUGAUCCAUCAGCAUACAUGGAGGUUGUCAAUGCAGCCAGCAAAAACAAUAACUGGGAAGACUUGGUUAAAUUCCUCCAGAUGGCUCGAAAGAAAGCAAGAGAGUCGUAUGUGGAGACGGAGCUGAUCUUUGCUCUGGCGAAGACGAACCGUCUUGCUGAGCUGGAAGAGUUUGUCAGUGGGCCCAACAACGCUCACAUACAGCAGGUGGGCGAUAGAUGCUAUGAGGAGGGUAUGUACGAAGCAGCCAAGCUCUUGUACAACAAUGUGUCCAACUUUGCUCGCCUUGCAUCAACACUAGUCCAUCUUGGAGAGUACCAGGCAGCUGUAGACAGCGCCAGGAAAGCCAACAGCACACGGACAUGGAAAGAGGUAUGCUUUGCAUGUGAGGAUGGUGAGGAGCAGAUCUGUGGCCUCCACAUAGUGAUUCACGCUGAUGAGCUGGAGGACCUGAUCAGCUACUAUCAGGACCGCGGAUACUUUGAGGAGCUCAUUGCUCUGCUGGAGGCCGCGCUGGGCCUGGAGCGGGCCCACAUGGGCAUGUUCACUGAGCUCGCCAUCCUCUAUUCUAAGUUCAAACCUCAGAAGAUGAGGGAACACCUGGAGCUGUUCUGGUCCAGAGUAAACAUUCCAAAGGUUCUUCGUGCAGCGGAGCAGUCUCACUUGUGGGCAGAGCUGGUUUUCCUUUACGAUAAAUACGAGGAGUAUGACAACGCGAUUAUCACAAUGAUGUCUCAUCCAACAGACGCAUGGAAAGAAGGACUGUUUAAAGACAUUAUUACUAAGGUUGCCAAUGUGGAGUUGUACUACAAAUCUCUUUACUUCUACUUGGAAUACAAACCCCUCCUACUGAAUGACCUGCUGACCAUUCUCUCUCCACGGUUGGAUCACAGCAGAGCUGUCGCCUUUUUUAGCAAGGUGAACCAGCUGAAGUUGGUGAAGCCUUACCUGAGAUCUGUCCAAAGUCAUAACAACAAGUCUGUCAAUGAAGCGCUCAACAACCUCCUGACAGAGGAGGAAGACUACCAGGGUCUGAGAGCCUCCAUUGAUGCCUAUGACAACUUCGACACCAUUGGCCUGGCUCAGAGGUUAGAGAAACACGAACUGAUUGAGUUCCGACGUAUCGCUGCUUACCUGUACAAAGGCAACAAUCGCUGGAGACAGAGUGUAGAGCUCUGCAAGAAGGACAAACUCUACAAGGAUGCCAUGCUCUACGCUGCAGAGUCUAAGGAUGCUGAGCUGGCAGAGACCCUGCUCCAGUGGUUCCUGGAGGAGGGCAGGAAGGAAUGCUUUGCUGCUUGCCUGUUUGCCUCCUAUGACCUGCUGCACCCCGAUGUGGUGCUGGAGCUGGCCUGGAGGAACAACAUCAUGGACUUUGCCAUGCCGUACUUCAUUCAGGUCAUGAGAGAGUACCUCACAAAGGUUGAUGAGUUUGCAGCGAAGGUGAUGUGCUCCCCAAAAACCAGAAACGAAGACUGAUGAAGAGAGCAAGUC